GUCGCGCACAGCGCCCCGAGCCCAGGCGCCUCCCCGCCCCCCUCCCGGCGCUCCGCGGCGGCGGCGGCAGCAGUAGCAGCAACAUGGCUGUUGAUGGGUGUUCGGGGUGGCGCUGGCGGCGGGAGGAGCUCCCUCGAGCCCCUGCGCCUGCCGCCCGUUGCUAGCUAUGGCAAACGGUGGCGGCGGCGGCGGCGGCGGCAGCAGCGGCGGCGGCGGCGGCGGUGGCGGCGGAGGCAGCGGUCUUAGAAUGAGCAGCAAUAUUCACGCGAAUCAUCUCAGCCUAGACGCGUCCUCCUCCUCCUCUUCCUCCUCCUCUUCUUCUUCUUCCUCCUCCUCUUCCUCCUCGUCCUCGGUCCACGAGCCCAAGAUGGAUGCGCUCAUCAUCCCGGUGACCAUGGAGGUGCCGUGCGACAGCCGGGGCCAACGCAUGUGGUGGGCUUUCUUGGCCUCCUCCAUGGUGACUUUCUUCGGGGGCCUUUUCAUCAUCUUGCUCUGGCGGACGCUCAAGUACCUGUGGACCGUUUGCUGCCACUGCGGGGGCAAGACGAAGGAGGCCCAGAAGAUAAACAAUGGCUCCAGCCAGGCAGAUGGUACUCUCAAGCCAGUGGACGAAAAAGAGGAGGUGGUGGCAGCCGAGGUCGGCUGGAUGACAUCUGUGAAGGACUGGGCAGGGGUGAUGAUAUCUGCCCAGACACUGACCGGCAGAGUUCUGGUUGUGUUAGUCUUUGCUCUCAGCAUUGGUGCCCUUGUAAUAUACUUCAUAGACUCGUCAAACCCAAUAGAAUCCUGCCAGAAUUUCUACAAAGAUUUCACAUUACAGAUCGACAUGGCUUUCAACGUGUUCUUCCUUCUCUACUUUGGCUUGCGGUUUAUUGCAGCCAACGAUAAGCUGUGGUUCUGGCUGGAAGUGAAUUCAGUAGUAGAUUUCUUCACAGUCCCUCCUGUGUUUGUGUCUGUGUACUUAAACAGAAGUUGGCUUGGCUUGAGAUUUUUAAGAGCUCUCAGACUGAUACAGUUUUCAGAAAUUUUGCAGUUUCUGAAUAUCCUUAAAACAAGUAAUUCCAUCAAGCUGGUGAAUCUGCUCUCCAUAUUUAUCAGCACAUGGCUGACUGCAGCUGGAUUCAUCCACUUGGUGGAGAAUUCAGGGGACCCAUGGGAAAAUUUCCAAAACAACCAGGCACUUACGUACUGGGAAUGUGUCUACUUACUCAUGGUCACAAUGUCUACAGUGGGUUACGGGGAUGUUUAUGCAAAAACCACGCUUGGACGCCUCUUCAUGGUCUUCUUCAUCCUCGGGGGACUGGCCAUGUUUGCCAGCUACGUCCCUGAAAUCAUAGAGUUAAUAGGAAACCGCAAGAAAUACGGGGGCUCCUAUAGCGCGGUUAGUGGAAGAAAGCACAUUGUAGUGUGUGGACACAUUACUCUGGAGAGUGUCUCUAACUUCCUGAAGGACUUUCUGCACAAGGACCGGGAUGAUGUCAACGUGGAGAUUGUCUUUCUUCACAACAUCUCCCCUAACCUUGAGCUUGAGGCUCUGUUCAAACGGCAUUUCACCCAGGUGGAGUUUUAUCAGGGCUCUGUCCUCAAUCCACACGAUCUUGCCAGAGUCAAGAUAGAGUCAGCAGAUGCAUGCCUGAUCCUUGCCAAUAAGUACUGCGCUGACCCGGAUGCAGAAGAUGCCUCCAACAUCAUGAGAGUCAUCUCCAUAAAGAACUACCACCCGAAGAUCAGGAUCAUCACUCAGAUGCUGCAGUAUCACAACAAGGCCCAUCUGCUCAACAUCCCCAGCUGGAACUGGAAAGAGGGUGAUGACGCAAUAUGCCUUGCAGAGCUCAAGUUGGGUUUCAUAGCCCAGAGCUGUCUGGCUCAAGGCCUCUCCACAAUGCUUGCCAAUCUCUUCUCUAUGAGGUCAUUCAUAAAGAUUGAGGAAGACACAUGGCAGAAAUACUACUUGGAAGGAGUCUCCAAUGAAAUGUACACAGAAUAUCUCUCCAGUGCCUUCGUGGGUCUGUCCUUCCCUACUGUUUGUGAGCUGUGUUUUGUGAAGCUUAAGCUCCUGAUGAUAGCCAUUGAGUACAAGUCUGCCAACAGGGAGAGCCGAAUAUUAAUUAACCCUGGGAACCACCUUAAGAUCCAAGAAGGUACUUUAGGAUUUUUCAUCGCAAGUGAUGCCAAAGAAGUUAAAAGGGCAUUUUUUUACUGCAAGGCCUGUCAUGAUGACGUCACAGAUCCCAAAAGAAUUAAAAAAUGCGGCUGCAGGCGGCUGAUCUAUUUUGAAGAUGAGCAGCCGCCAACACUAUCACCAAAAAAAAAACAACGUAAUGGGGGCAUGAGGAACUCACCCAACACCUCCCCGAAGCUGAUGAGGCAUGACCCCUUGUUAAUUCCUGGCAAUGAUCAGAUUGACAACAUGGACUCCAAUGUGAAAAAGUACGACUCCACUGGAAUGUUUCACUGGUGUGCACCCAAGGAGAUUGAGAAAGUCAUCUUGACUCGCAGCGAAGCUGCCAUGACGGUCCUGAGUGGCCAUGUUGUAGUCUGCAUCUUUGGGGAUGUCAGCUCAGCCCUCAUUGGCCUCCGGAACCUGGUGAUGCCGCUUCGUGCUAGCAACUUUCACUAUCAUGAGCUCAAACACAUUGUGUUUGUGGGCUCCAUUGAGUACCUCAAGCGGGAGUGGGAAACACUGCACAACUUCCCCAAAGUGUCCAUAUUGCCUGGUACGCCAUUAAGUCGGGCUGAUUUAAGGGCUGUCAACAUCAACCUCUGUGACAUGUGCGUUAUCCUGUCAGCCAAUCAGAAUAAUAUUGAUGAUACUUCGCUUCAGGACAAGGAAUGCAUCUUGGCGUCACUCAACAUCAAAUCUAUGCAGUUUGAUGACAGCAUCGGGGUCUUGCAGGCUAAUUCCCAAGGUUUCACACCUCCUGGAAUGGACAGAUCAUCGCCUGACAACAGCCCAGUGCACGGGAUGUUACGCCAGCCAUCUAUCACAACCGGGGUCAACAUUCCCAUCAUCACGGAACUUGCUAAGCCGGGCAAGUUGCCUUUGGUAUCAGUCAAUCAGGAAAAAAACAGUGGGACGCACAUUCUAAUGAUAACGGAGUUGGUGAACGAUACUAAUGUUCAGUUUUUGGACCAAGAUGAUGACGAUGACCCGGACACAGAGCUGUACCUCACACAGCCCUUUGCUUGUGGGACAGCAUUUGCCGUCAGCGUCCUGGACUCACUCAUGAGCGCGACAUACUUCAAUGACAAUAUCCUCACCCUAAUACGGACCCUGGUGACAGGAGGAGCCACACCAGAGCUUGAGGCUCUAAUAGCUGAGGAGAAUGCUCUUCGAGGGGGCUACAGCACUCCGCAGACACUAGCCAACAGGGAUCGUUGCCGAGUGGCCCAGUUAGCCCUGUUGGAUGGGCCCUUUGCGGACUUAGGGGAUGGUGGUUGUUAUGGUGAUCUGUUCUGCAAAGCUCUGAAAACAUAUAACAUGCUUUGUUUUGGAAUUUACCGGCUGAGAGAUGCCCACCUCAGCACCCCCAGCCAGUGUACAAAAAGGUACGUCAUCACCAAUCCCCCCUACGAGUUUGAGCUCGUACCGACAGACCUGAUCUUCUGCCUGAUGCAGUUUGACCACAACGCUGGCCAAUCCCGGGCCAGUCUGUCUCAUUCCUCCCACUCCUCACAGUCGUCCAGUAAGAAGAGCUCCUCCGUCCACUCCAUCCCGUCCACAGCAAAUCGGCCGAACCGGCCCAAGUCCAGGGAGUCGCGCGACAAACAGAAUGCAACAAGGAUGACUAGAAUGGGCCAAGCAGAAAAGAAAUGGUUUACAGAUGAGCCGGAUAAUGCCUAUCCCAGAAACAUUCAAAUCAAGCCCAUGAGUACCCACAUGGCUAACCAGAUCAACCAAUAUAAAUCCACAAGCAGCCUGAUCCCUCCAAUCAGAGAAGUUGAAGAUGAAUGUUGACUCCCAGGAGACCAGAACUAUUUUUUUAAAGCCUGACAAACUUCAUAAAUGGUGACGUGACUUUUCUUCCUCUUACAUGCUGGAUCACUGGUGGAAACAUUACAAUAAGCAAGACUGCAAGAAAAUAAAGUUAGACAGAUCUUUCUCUUUGCCUUGAA